UGUAUAUUUGUAUUAUUUGUGUUAACUAGCAUCAAAUUGUAAAGAAAUUCUAUAAUUUAUAAAUGGAAAGUAUGCAUAACGACGUAAAAGCAAAGAUUGGCCAAAAUAGUAUUGUCCAACCGUUACUUACUGAUUUAUAUCAAAUUACAAUGGCUUACGCUUAUUGGAAGUCGGGAAAAACUAACACACAUGCAGUUUUUGAUUUGUUUUUUAGAAAAAACCCAUUCAAUGGAGAAUUUACAAUAUUUGCUGGUUUAGAAGAAUGUCUAAAGUUUCUGCAAAAAUUUAAUUUCUCUGAUAGUGAUAUUCAAUAUUUAAAACAAAUUUUACCACCAUCUAUAGAAGAAGAAUUUUACAAAUAUUUAAACUCAUUGACAGCAAAAGAUAUUUGUCUUUAUGCCAUAAAAGAGGGUACAGUUGUUUUUCCAAGAGUACCUUUAAUAAGGGUGGAAGGACCUCUUAUUAUAGCACAACUAUUAGAAACUUCAUUAUUAAAUCUUGUGAAUUAUGCAAGUUUAAUGGCUACUAAUGCGACAAGGUUCAGAAUGGCUGCAGGAGAACUUAAGCUAUAUGAAUUUGGUUUAAGACGUGCACAAGGACCGGAUGGUGGACUUUCUGCUUCUAAAUAUUCAUAUGUUGGAGGAUUUGAUGGAACAAGUAAUGUUCUUGCAGGAAAAUUAUUUAAUAUUCCUGUGAAAGGUACACAUGCACAUGCUUUUGUAACAUCUUUUAACAGUUUAAUGGAAGUAAAUACCACAAAAUUAAUUCCAAAACAUGGAGGAGAGGCACAAGAGUUUUUAACAGUGGCAGUCAAUUGGAGAGAAAAACUUAUUUCUAUAUUUAAUGUUGUUCUAUCUGAAGUUAGUGAUGGAGAAUUAGCUGCUUUUGUGUCCUUUGCUCUUGCAUUUCCAAAUGGUUUCAUGGCCUUGGUUGAUACUUACGACGUUAAAAAAAGUGGUCUUUUAAAUUUUUGUGCUGUUGCUCUUGCUUUGCAUGACUUUGGUUAUAGAGCAAUAGGUAUUAGGUUAGACAGUGGAGACUUGGCAUAUCUAUCUGUUGUUGCAAGAGAUUAUUUCAUAAAAAUAAGUGAACACUACUCUAUACCAUAUUUCAGAGAAUUGAUGAUUAUGGCUUCAAAUGAUAUAAAUGAAGAAACUAUUUUAAGUUUAAAUGAUCAAGGUCAUUGCCUCAAUUCAUUUGGUAUUGGCACACAUUUGGUUACUUGUCAGAAACAACCAGCUUUAGGGUGUGUUUAUAAAAUGGUGGAGUUAAACGAUGAACCACGUAUUAAAUUAAGCCAAGAAGUUGCGAAAGUUACUAUACCUGGUAAAAAAGAUGUAUAUAGGCUUUAUGGUGACACAGGUUAUGCUUUAAUAGAUUUAUUGCAGAGAUCUGUUGAAGAUAUGCCUAUUGUUAAUCAAAAAGUUUUGUGCAGACAUCCUUUUGUGGAAUCAAAACGUGCAUUUGUUAUUCCCUCCAAAGUAGAAAAGUUACUUAAUCUAUUUUGGAAAGAUGGGAAAUUGUGUCAACCUUUACCAAAUUUAGAAGAUAUAAGAGAAAAUGUUAAAUCUUCUUUAAAAAUAUUGCGACCAGAUAUUAAACGAACAUUGAAUCCAACACCUUACAAAGUAUCUGUUAGCGACAAUUUAUACAAUUUUUUACAUACAUUAUGGUUAGAACAUGCACCUAUUGGAGAGUUAUCAUAAAAUAUAGCUAAAACCUUAUAUAGUAUUACCAUAUAUAUAAUUGUAACUCAAUCCAGAAUAAUAAUAGCACAUUCUGCUUUAUUUUAAUAAUUUUAAAUCAGUAAAUUAUUUUUUUGACAUUUUGAAUUAAAAAAGUAUAUUACAAGGAUUUUUAACUUAUUUCUAAUCAGUGUGCACUUCAUCCUGUACUCGAACUCGAAUAAUGUAGGAUGGAAAUAUUCUCAGUGCACACUGAGUACAAAAGAGCGAAUAAGUUAAAAAUGCUGUUAAGGAGAACUCUCAAGGUUUUCAACUUGUUUGCACUUUUGCAUGCAGAUAAUAUUUUCAUCUCUUAUAAAGGGUGUGCCGGUACUUUAUACAAAUAGAUGAGGUCAAAAUAAUAUCAGUUCUUCAUAUAAAUUUUUUUCAUACGGGCCUUCGUUAAC